UCUUGAAUUGUGGUGUGCCCUAAUUGCGAUCUUAUAAACGUCCCGAACUCGGCGAAUCACCGCACCACCUAAACCCUACGGCCUAACCCCCGGUCCCCGUCCGCAGUCGUGGCCUUUGCUUCGCCAUUUUGGGUCGUUUGUUUUGUUUCGAUUAAUUCUUGAAUUUUCAUUCUCGUACGCUCUCUGCAGAUCAAUUUUAUCAUCAGGGAAAAAGAUGUCGGUCGGAGAGCUCGGCUGCACCUACGCUUCUUUGAUUCUCCACGACGAUGGCAUUCCUGUCACUGCAGAGAAGAUUGCUACAUUGGUGAAGGCUGCGAAUUUAACCGUGGAAUCCUACUGGCCUAGUCUCUUUGCCAAGCUCUGCGAGAAGAGGAACAUCGAUGAUCUUAUCGUCAACGUUGGCUGUGGCGGCGGCGGUGCUGCCCCUGCCGCCGUUGCCGCUUCUGCCGGCGCUGGUGGUGCUGCCGCCGCCGCUGCUCCCGCCGCAGAGGAGAAGAAGGAGGAGCCCAAGGAAGAGAGUGAUGAUGAUAUGGGAUUCAGCUUGUUUGAUUAGGUGUUUCUCAAGCUUAUUCUCUUAGAAGAAAAGAAUUAGGAUCAACCAGUUGGAAGUUUUUUGGUAUACUUUUAUGUUAUUUAAAGAUGAUUCUGAUUUACCUUUAUGAUGUCAGUUACUGAUCGGAUGCAAAAAGUGUUCUAUAUUUUCAUCCAUUGAAGCAUUUUCUUUUGUGAUUAUAUUUGGGAUGGUUUUCAGUUGGUGUUGA